GGUAACACCAGUGGCAACGCCAUUUUUGUGGGCCCUUUUAUUUUUGGGUUUUUGGAUUUUAAUUCAGUUUUCAUAAAUUUUAACCAAAUAUUCUGAGAACUGAUAGCGACACAGCCAUGGCCCAUGCGGUGGUGGAUGAGGAAACGCUGGAGGCCAUGGUCUUCGAGCGCUCGAAGGCCUGGUCCAGCAAAAUGACGGAGUUUGCCAGCUUGGAAGACGGCGUGGAGAUGGAUGUGUCGGAGUUCGACAACUUGUUCCACGGCGAGGACCAGGACCCUGACCUGGAGGACGAGGCGAAGGAGGCCUUGGAGGACAAUGUGCCCGACGAGGCAAGGCUUGAAAUGGGACAUAUCAACGCCACCAGCGUUGCAGAACUGACACUGAUUCUGUGCGACAGUAAGGACAACGAGGCAAAGGCCGAGAUCGAGGAAAUCCUUAACCAAACGGUCCCGGUCGUCGAGGAGCACAAGCGCAAGUGGCGGGAGGCGGGACUGGAUCGCAUACUGGACACUUUUGAUGAAAAGCAGAUAGAACAUCAUGUGGGCCGCUGGAUGCGAAGGCACAACAGCGUCUACCUGGAGGCCUCACCACCCAAGUACCUCCCUCCGCACCACAACUCAAUCUCAGACGAAAGCGACGAAUCGAUGCACUCCAUCGACACGGCCCGCUACAUCCAGCAGAGCCGCCGGCGCAGUACCCACAUGAGCAAUAAGAACUCCAACAUGACCACCAUUAAGAUGUACCGUAAACACUCUCAUAAACGGGACGAGUUGCGGGCCAAGUACGCCUACGGUGACGAGCAGGAGCAUCGUCACCACAUGCAGGCUGUGUUGCUUCGUCGACGUGAGAGGGAGCGCCAACUGGCCUACCUGGCUUCUACGCCGAUGCAAUGCGGCUACUCCAACAGCCAUCAUAUGAGACGCAAGAAUCUGCGUAAGCGGCGCAUAAACUCCUGGAUGUUUGACUCAGCAUCCAGCAGCGAGGACGAUACAUCAUUCGGCGGCUGUGACUGCCACUCCUGCCGGAGGCAUUACGCUCUGUCUAGAAGUGUCUACCAGUCCUGCCCGUACGGCAGGGGUUCACGUGACUAUCACCACCGCCAGCUGGCAUCUCGAACCAUGCACACUAUGCGCCGCCAUCACACCUUCGACAUGGAAAUGGACUUGCGACCAAGGUUGCCGGAGAACGAGUGCAGUUGCUGUAAUAGUGACCGCCUGUGCUCCAAUGUAAUACACAUAGCCAAUAGCUCAACCGAAGAGUGGGUGGUGGAAAACAGAGGAAGUCACUUGACCCAGGAGACGCAGGAAAAGACCAGGAAUCAAAAGCACCAACCGAUGGUUGCCAAGAAAAUUAGCCAUCGCUCCAAAGGACCCGAACAAAAACCACACAAUUCGAAGGCUACUUCUGCUUCCAAAUUAGUCUUAUCUAAAGAAAAGUACAUGCAAAUGUUUGAUAGUGACACUUCCGAUGAAGACAACGCAGUGACAAAAAAGGGAUUGCUGUGCUAUUCGGAGAAAAAACAUGGAAUUCUAGUUCAAACUCCAAAGGCCGCUUCCACGGCGAAGAAGGUUUUAAGAAAAGAGCGUCCCAAUGGUUUGCCACAGAUCCAAGAAGAAAAUACAACUGCAGCAUUGGCGGCACCAGCAACGAACGCAUCAAUUGAGGCCUUUUCUCUUCCAGUGACUCAUGUGAAAAGCGUAUCUUUUGACGGAGCAUGUGGUACAUCUGCACCACUAGAAUCUCGAGCAGAGAAGUAUCCUAAGAGUGAUAUAAGGAAAACUUGCUUGUCUCCUUCAGUACUCAAAGAAAAUGAAUUACAGCCUAUAGCUGACGAAAGGGCAUUGCGUCCCAUGGAUAAAAUAGAUCAAUGUAUUAAAAAAGUAAGAAAUUCUGUUAAAAGAUCAGAAAUUCCAAAAAGUAUUAUUAACAAAGAAAUCCCAGAAAAAAACAGCACUGAAAAACGAGCGAGAGGAAGACCUCAGUCAGUUAAACAGACAGGUGCGACCAAAAAACCGUCUGCUCCGAAAAAGAAAACGUCAGAAAAAAAUAAAGCCUCUGGUACUAAGUUAGAGCAAGUGAGGGAAGAGGCGUACGAUAUAUCACCUAUCAUAAUUAGUGAGGAUGGGGCAUCAGACUCGGAAGAGGAUUUGCAUCGAGCCCUGGCUUUGUCGAAGGCCACCUACAAAGAGGAGAAACUGAAGCACAGGAAAACAAAGAAAGAUACCCCUAAUAAGCAGCUCCAAUCACCUGCAGAGAAAUCAAUGCCGGUAUUCAACAAUCAAAGCGUAGUGUGCAACUCCACAGCUCUGGCCAACGACACAGCUUGCCACCGAGUGCUUCCCAAGAAACGAGGUGUCAAAAGGGCAGCCGCUGUAAGCACUACCGAGGAAAAGACAGCGACGAACAGCUUGAGUUCCCCACCGAGCAGUUUGGAAGAGAUGGAUAGCCCCACGAAUGGCGAUCCUGACUGCACUGUAGUCACUUCCACCACAUCCUGCGAGCCGCCGGCAAGUGAGCCGAUUCCAGCGACCUUCAGGAUCACCAAGCGGGGCAUUUUGCUGCAUAGCCCUUUGGCAGCCGGAGGUGCCGACUUCACACUGACCGAGCAGGGACUCGGAAAGGUUAUUGGAGAACGGUGGGCCCGCAAGUACCUGAAAUACCACAUCGGCAGUCGCAGCUUUGACAGCCGACACUCGGUUUACUAUCAGCCAACUCCACAGCUGGCCGCUGCUCUCAGUUCUCCGCAGGAUGCGCAGAGCCUCGGAAACAUCUCCGGCUCCAGUGCUAGCGAUGAUGACAUCUUCGAGCAAAUUAAUCGAUAUGGAACGGUGUACAGCAUACUCGAGAAGAAUUCCGGUGACAAGUGACGAUUCAGCUUAGCAAGUUAAUGUUUCCUGUUCAGCCCUAAUUUAUAUAUACUAACUUCAUGUUUUAUUGCACAUGAUGGAUUUCUUGGUGGUGUUAAACACAUCCUUGCAAUAGGAAUUAUGUAAGAAAAGUUGUUUUAGUUCAUUUUUGUGUUUUGAUUUAUUUCACGUAAAUUACAUGAUCGAUAGUGAUAAUAGAAAACAUAAUACGUCAUAAUCAUUAUAAUCAUCAUAAAUUUUCGCUUAAGUAUUAAAUAAUUGUUUAAGAGAUUUAUUCGCAUUGCAAUAGUAAUUCUUGUGUGUCGAAGUUGUGUUUAAGUUCGUUUCCAUGAGGUUUAUCAAAAUUCAUAUCGGCUAUUGUUAACUUUAUGUAUUCACAAGAAAACAAAUAAAACGUAAGAUCAAUUUAAA